GUUGUGUACAAAAUGUCACCUACGCUAAUCGAAUUGAAUCCGAAUAGAUUGCUAUUAGAUCCGAAUUUCGACGGUUACAAAUUAUCCCUUCAAGACAUACCGAAAAAGCGUAAAGAACUGACUAACUCGGUGGAUCGAGUGUUGCUGAAUACCCACCAAUAUUCGUUGUUACACGCGAAUUUGUACGGGCUGCACAAUCACCUAGUAGGCGAUCCCUACGAUGAUAGCACGAGCGAUUCGGUCUAUUACAUCGAUUCCGAAUUGAAUAUAUGCAAAUUAUACGUAGAUCCUUUUAACGAUGAAAUUAUAGAACCGAUAGAACUGUUACGAUUGCCUAGAAACAGGGAUCGGACGACCGGGGAUUACAACGUUUCGUUGAAGUUCGUGUCGAGUGAUUUAGCUGUAGCCGGCGAUGGGACUGGUUGGUUUUAUAUUAUAGAUACAGGGAGUAGAAACGAUGAUGAUAAUUUCUCUAUUUGCUUCUCCGAUGAGGUGGCCGGGCAAGACGAACCGUUUCUACUAUUAGAUGCAGUGUUAAAAGGAAAUGUAGAGCUGCACGUGCUGGCUUUGAGUUUGAAACAAGAGGAUAAAAACGAGAGAUACUACAAUGUGGUGCAUUGGAUAACGUUUUCUAAAGAGCAGGAUUCUUGGGGACAGACCGCUUUGAGACGGGUUAGAAAUAACGGAUGCAUAAAAUACUGUUAUUUAGAGAAAAAUUGCGAUUCUAUAUACAUAGUAAGCGAUGAGAAUUCGGUAUUUACCUUAAAUUCUGAUGUACCGAUUGUUGAUACACCCUCGAAAGUCGAAGCAAAAAUUUACAAAUGGUCGCAAGGCAUCGAAGAUGUUACGAUAAAAAUUCCCCUUCCAGACAACCCGAUGAAACAACGAGUAAAAGUCGAAACAACCACUUCGAAUAUACUCGUUAAAUACGAGGAAAAUACUUUAAUAUCCGGUGAUUUAUCCAGUAGUAUCGAUUCCGAUGUAACCGUUUGGAGUCUCGAAGGAAACGUUUUAGAAAUCACUUUGAACAAAACCGAAACUGGUAACAUUUGGCCUGAACUGAUUAAAAACGACACAACCGGCGAGUACAUCCUAGAAACGUGUAUCGUAGAAGACGUCAAUAAAUUAAGCAAUUUUACCAGCGCAAACGAGGAAAUCCCUCAAACAGGCACCACCUUCAACAGCCAGCAAGUCGAAGAAUGCGACUUCGAAAUCGACAAAACGAUAGCAUUCGAGCGAUUGUGCGGCCACACGAACACACCAACGCACAGAAUCAACUUGGGCUGCCAUCACGUAUCGGUGAUUGGCUGCAUAACCGACGGGUCUCCUCCUGCCAUAGGCAUCAGACACGACGUGGACGUUUGCUUGUGGCAACCUCGGAUCGAUGGCGAACAAUUUUCCAUUAAGCACGAAGGCACUUUGCUCGCCUUGGGCUACGUUCAAGCCUCGAAGCAAAACAGGAAGUUUACAGCGUGUCCCCCGAACUUGAGUUACGCUGUUAUAUGCGAAUCGACCGGCCAUCUGUUUAUCUACAGGCAGAACAAAUCCGUCGCGAACACCGAAUUGAGAAACAGAAGCAGCGGUAGAAGAGUGAACAGCAUCGCUCAACAACAAGUAGUUCGUUUGGCCCAGGAAGAAGUACUAGGCAUAUACCCUGCGAACAAUCAUCUGUUUUUAUUGCACGAGAAAUCAUUGACAAUCCUGCAGUUGUGACGUGUAAAUAAAUAUAUUUGUUUUAUAUAAAUAACGUUAACAAUUAGCGUAAUUACUGGUGAGUCGAGACUACUUGUUUGCAAGCAGAUUCGAUAUCGGGAUAUUGGAACUCGAAGCCUGUCGAAAGGGUCUUUUUAGGUAAAACUUUCUGACCUUCAGUAAUCAUAAUGGCUCGUUCUUUGUUUAAUAAACAAUUCAUAGCCAUUUUAGGUACUGGUAUUAACGUGGGUCGGUACAAAGCUUUACCGAAGGCCUGUAAAGAAGUCAUUACUUGACGUUAAGUCAACACAACGUUACUUACCUUCGUAAAAUCCAUGUUGGUGCAGGGCUGCGGUGCCACUCCGUUCAAGACUCCUUUAACAGUGGAACAUUCGAUAGCGUGAAUAAUGAGAUUGGUGAUAUCGCACAGGUGAAUCCAAGGCAUGUACUGCUUUCCGUCGCCAAUAGGACCGCCUAGGCCCAGAUAGAACGGCAAGUACAUUUGCUUGAUCAUCCCGCCGUCCUUCCCCAACACGACCCCGCUGCGGAUCGUGACUAUCCUGCAUUGCUCGCGCGUGUCCGUUCGCUCGAACUGCGCCGCCGCCUCCCAAUCUUUGCACAAAUCGGAGAAGAAAUCGUACGGUUUGGUUUCGGACUC